AUGGUCCCAAAUGAAGCCUAUCAGUACACAGGAAUUAUCCAAUUACUUCAGCAUUUCAGCUGGACAUGGGUUGGACUCUUUGUUGUUGAUGAUGAGAGUGGAGACCAUUUCUUAGAAGCUCUGGAGCCCCUGCUUUCCCACAAUAGCAUCUGUUUAUCCUUCAUGGAAAGAAUCCCAAACCAAGGCCAUGGGCAUAUCAGUGAUAAAGCAAAUGCUGUGAUCUCAAAACUUAAUAGACAUUUCAUGGAUAGGAAAGCCAACACAUUUCUUUUCUAUGGAGAAACUAUGACUGUUAUGUGGCUAUGUACCUUAAUGCUUCUAACAAAUUUUAAGGAAAACCUAUCUGUUGGUAAGGUGUGGAUUAUGACAGCCCAGAUUGAUUUUGCACUAACAUAUGUUAUUAGGAGCUGGAACUAUGAAAUAUUUGAUGGCACCAUUUUCUUCACAGUUCAUUCAAAUGAACCUCUGGGAUUCCAGACAUAUCUUCAGAACAUAAAACUUACCUGGUCCAAAGAGGAUGGUUUUCUCAAGGAUUUCUGGGAACAGGUUUUUGACUGUGUGCCAGCACAGUUGGAUAAACUAUGUAAUGGGGAUGAAAGGUUGGAGGGGCUUCCUGAGUCUGUUUUUGAAAUGGGCAUGACUGGCCACAGCUACAGUGUAUAUAACGCUGUCUAUGCUGUGGCCCACGCAUUGCAUGCCAUGGACUCAUCUAGAUACAACCACAGAACAAUGAUGAAUGAUAAAAGGGUGGAACCUCCAGACCUUCAGCCUUGGCAGCUCCACUUUUUUCUUCAGGACAUUUCAUUUAACAACUCUGCUGGAGAAACAGUGUCUUUUAAUGGUGACAGGGAAGUUUUAGCUGGAGUUGAUAUAAUGAAUAUGGUGAUCUUCCAAAACAACUCCUUCCGUAAAACUAAGGUUGGAAGUGUGGAUCCCAACAAAGGAAAUAGAUUCAUCAUUAAUGAAGAUAUCAUUGUGUGGCACAGGCAAUUUAACCAGGUCCUGCCACUUUCUGUGUGUAGUGACUCCUGCUCUGCUGGUUAUCAGAAGAGGAAAAAGGAAAGAGAGAAAUUUUGCUGCUAUGAUUGUGCUCCAUGCCCAGAAGGGAAGGUUUCUAGCCGAAAGGACAUGGAUGAUUGUUCCCAAUGCCCAGAAGAUCAGUAUCCAAGCAAGAAGAAAGAUCAAUGCAUCCCCAAAGUUAUAACCUUUCUCUCCUAUGGGGAACCUUUAGGGAUCAGCUUGACUUCAGUUGCUGUUUCUUUUUCCCUGAUCACAGCUUUGGUACUUAGUACUUUUAUUAAGCAUAAAGAUACCCCAAUUGUAAAAGCCAAUAACCAGGAUCUCACCUAUGCUCUCCUUGUCUCCCUCCUGCUCUGUUUCCUCUGCGCUUUGCUGUUCCUGGGACGACCCAGCAAGGUGACUUGCUUUCUCCAGCAGUCUGCAUUUGGCAUAAUCUUCUCAGUGGCUGUCUCAUGUGUGUUGGCCAAAACCAUCACAGUGAUUGUAGCUUUCAUGGCCACCAAGCCAGGGUCCAGCAUGAGGAAGUGGGUGGGGAAAAGACUGGCCAACUCCAUUGCAUUCUCCUGCUCCCUUAUUCAAGCAUGCAUGUGUGCAGUAUGGCUAGGAACCUCUCCCCCAUUUCCAGGUUUGGACAUGCAAUCAUUGCCUGAAGAAAUCAUAGCAGAAUGUAACGUAGGUUCAGUCAUCAUGUUUUAUCUUGUCCUAGGUUACAUGGGACUUCUGUCCACCAUCAGCUUCACUGUGGCUUUCUUAGCUAGGAAGUUGCCAGACAGUUUUAACGAAGCCAAGUUCAUCACCUUCAGUAUGCUGAUGUUUUGUAGUGUUUGGCUGUGUUUUGUUCCAACCUACCUGAGCACCAAGGGGAGAGCCAUGGUAGCUGUGGAGAUCUUCUCUAUCUUAGCCUCCAGCGCUGGAUUACUGAGUUGCAUCUUUUCCCCCAAAUGCUACAUUAUUGUGCUGAGACCAGAGCUGAACAGAAGGGAACAGCUAAUAAGGAGAAAGAAUUACAGAUUCUUAUUGUAUGUAUUUCUCCUGUGGUAUCUGUGGAAAUGAGACAGUGAGCCUAAUUUAGGAGUUGGUUGGGCUGCCAGACAUUCUACAGUAAUCCAAGCUAUGCUACUUGGAUGCUAGCAAUCGGGCUACCUUGAGCCAAAAGUCUGCAGAGGUCAUUAUCUCCCACUGUAAUUAUUUGCAUCACUGUAAUAAUUCAGCAUAAGAGGAAAUUGUAUUAUGAUGGGAUCAACACAAUUGAGAAUCAAGAAUCUCAGACACCAAGAUAAAGAAAGGAAAUCCAGUUUGUCUGUCUGUCUAUCUAUCUAUCUAUCUAUCUAUCUAUCUAUCUAUCUAUCUAUCUAUCUAUCUAUCUCUCAUAUUUGUAUACCGCCCAAAACACAAGUCUCUGGGCGGUUUACAACAAAACAAGAAAAACAACAAAUAAAAAGGU